UGGGAGGGACGCUGGAGCUGUAGUUUGAUUUUUAACACAGUCUCUAUCCUUAACUUUGAAAUCUGGUACUCUAUAAAAUCGUCUACUGUUGCAGUUGUACGUAAGCAGAGGUGCAGGUUUAACAAGCUUAACUUCAAAACCACCGGGCAAUUGAACAGUAUUGUAGCUGGCUUCUAGUGAAAUCGGCGUGAAAAGCCUGCACAUUGACCUUCAAAAUGUCGGAAGCUUCCGCAGUGAAUGGUACUUCUAAUACGAUGUAAGUAAAACGGGCUCUUUGUUAUCGAAACGAGUUGUGCAAACCAGAAGUCUUUAUUCAUUUCUACUGAAAUUCCGUUCUUCUAGCCUUAAUUUCAUCCGAUUGCUUCGAGUCGUUUUCUCCUCAGUCUCAGUUAGCAGCACGUUACUGAGGGAGUAAUAACGGAGACUCAAAGUAAUCGGAUGAAAUUCAGGCUACCCUUCUGCUUGCUUCAUUUAAGACAACCGCGUGUGUGCUCACCUAGCUUCAUUUAAAGCCAGUAGCAGAAUUUUGGAUACAAUAUAUUGAACAAGGGGCGAGAUUAGGAGUAACUGAGUCAGGUCAUACGAUAUCCAGACACCGAAAGGAAUUAAGGUUGAGGCCAGUAUCUGCAUAUAUCGGAUGAAAAACUUUUUCAAGUGUUGAUAUAGCCUCUCAGACAAUUAAAAACUUUAAAAUUAACUCAUGUCAUGGUGAGAUCAACAUUUUUUGGUAACAAAGCUAAGCUGAAAUUUAAACUAAGUUGUAUUCUCGGUCGUUUUUCGUAUCACGCGAUUUAGGAUAAUGCGGAUUCCGGAAUCAGAUAAAUUUUUGCUUUUGCAAUCUGGAAUCCUGGGCUUGGGAAUCUGGAAUUCAGUGCAAGGAAUCUGGGAUCGCGCUAACAAUUGGAAUGCGGAAUCCAAGAUCCACUGACAUGGAAUCGGGAAUCCACAGCGUGGAAAUCAGAAUCUAAGACGGUCUUGGAUUACCUUGGGAAACUACCCACCUACCCCUCGCUAAGACAACAUUACCACUUACUUCUCACUUAGGGCAAAAUGUUGGCUUAGGGGAGGGGUAGGUGGGCAGUUUCCCCAGAAACGUAUAAUGAUCCACGGGGCGAUUUCGUAUACUUGGAACUCUAAACAACCGAAUGUUUCCAAAUACGGGAGAAGUGUCUAUCGUUUUCUCUUUGCUUUAGAAGCGUGUUUGGUCGACUUGGAGCCGUACUAAAAGCUAUUUAAAUCUGCUCGGCUGUCUAAGGCGAACUUUGGUCGUCUUGAAAGUUUAGGUGGAACUUUCGUCUCAUCCAAAACGCCUUUAUCCACCCAGAUGAGUCCCGUCGAAAGAUGGAGGACAUGAAGUAGCCUUACUUUCGCUAGAAAAUUCUAGGGGACACGUGAUGGUUAUAAAGAAUAAGCCGGCGAAUUUAAGGCAAUCAGAAACGGAGUAUUAUUUUGCAACGGAAUAAUAAUUCUUUGCAUGGGACUUUAAAAUCACCUGAGAGUAUAGAGGUGUGUAAGUUAAUUUACAUGUAUACUUUAAAUAAUAAAUUGAUUAAAUUGAAAAUUUGAGCAAACGUUGCUCGUUUUAUUAAUUAAAAACAAAGCAGAUUCAAACACUGAAAAAAGGUACCUUAUCCCUCUCCAGGUGUAUACCAGCCAUUGAUAAAACGAGUUACCUAUGGGGAUGUUUCGCUCUAGCUGUGAGUAAUGGCUCGAUAUUAUUCCACUGCUUUUGGUUUUAUUUAACGUUUAAUUUUUAUUUUACGUUUAACGGUUAAUUUUAUUGUGCCCAAGUAAAGUUUUCAGUAUUAUCUGAAGGCUCGCUUUGUUUUCCUCAACAGCUUGCCAUUGUUGUUGUUCUUUCAUGUCUCAAACGAAGAAAGAAAUUGAAACUUCAAUACUGCCAUGGUUAUCCCGGGCUCCUGAUGUAAGUAUUAUCUUCUUUACAGUUGUAUUCUUUACACAGUUAUUAGAUGACAUAUUGUAAAAUUUUGUCUUUUGUCUUUUUUUGUUUUCAGACCAGUCAACUUUUUACACAGUUUUAGCUACAGCAACAGGUUUACUAUUGCGGCCAUCUUUGGAGCCACGGCCAGUUCUUGCCUAGGACUUUUUCUUGUUUCCGCUACUGGCACAUCAACCUUCUCGGGUGUUUCUGUUUGGGUUAAGGGUGAGAAAAGGCUAUUAUUCAUUCAAAAUAUUUCCUACUUUAAAACAUGCUUAUUUCGAUUUAUUUAAAGUUCGCGUCCUCAUAACAUUGGGGACCUUACGAUUCGACAACGGCGAGGUCCAUAAAAACGUCACUGAAAUAUAGACUCUGCAUCCUUUCAAACCAUUUCGUGAUUUUCCCAAGUCGCCCUGUUACUUAAAAGAAGAGAAUUUAGACUGGAACUGUAGAGAGGGGGCCACGCCCAAGUUCAGACGGAGAUGUUAGAAUUUAUCGCCUUACCGUUCCCGUCCUAAAAAAAAUUAAAAUUUGGUCAUUUUACGUCGUAAUUGUGCAGGGACGCAAAGAAAUGUACCAAAAACAUGUGCAGAGUUGUUGUUUUUCUAACUAAACGUACCUAUUGCUUUUUGCUGUUGCCUUUGCCAUCGCCGUCGUUGUUUCGUAAGGUCCCUAUUUGCCUUUUCCUCGGCAGUUUCAGGAUACCAUUGGUAUUAUGGCGCAAAAGUUAGAAAACAGAAAGACCCGUGUCAACAAUUUUGUCCGUGAGGUUGUAGCUUUCAUUUCCCUCCGCUCAAUUCAGGGUAUACCAAUGUCAUUGUCCAGACUCCACUUGUGACUUGAGAUAAGAUCGGUUUUAUUUUGAAUUUAUUUAAUUAAUUGUACUUUAGGGCACGUUUAUGUUAAGUCUAUUUUUUAACAAUUUCUUUCAGUUUUUCUGAAAAUGUCAUAUGUUCUUUUGUAUGGAGUACUGUUCUACCCAUUCUUUGCUUGCCUCACAACUGAACACAAGCUGCUUGGAUCAACUCUUGGAUUUCUUUAUGCUGCUAUAAGGUUAGACAAUGCCUCGUGAAAUAACGAUAAGGUUGUAAAUGAAUCCUUACUGAUUAUCGACCAGUGUCUACUAUAUUGGUCCUUAUGACUUGCUGUAGAUGGAAGAGUGUUGCGUGUCGACACGUGCAACUGUCGUUCGAACUUCUGUUUGCUGCUUCAUCACAAUUUUUUGAAUUCAAGGUCAAAGUUAAAAAAUAUAUGUUGGGAAAAUUUGUCCUCGAUUCAACUAUUUAAUCAUCCUAGAGCUGGGAAAUACUGUUUGGACGUAGACGGUUGAUCAAGCCAAUUCAGCUGCUUGAAAGGUUCUCUAAGAGUGUAAUAAGUGUCUCAAGGUCAAUGGAAAAGGCCUGGCCAUCAGUCAGUAACACUUUCAGAGUACCCUUGCAGCGCUAUCUCUGGCCUCACUGGGAGUUCAAGCGGUGCUAAUUUCGACAUACAUAUGUCUCGAAAAGAUAGAACUCUCAUUCGAUAUAGCCUUUGAUGAGAUCUGCAAGUUGAUUAAGAGAGGCUGAGUAUGAUAUCGUGAAGAGUUUUUCAGAUCGAAGAGGCUGGUGUGGCUUCGGCUGAUAAUAGCCUCCAAGUUCCGCAUAUUCUUUACAUCAUAGGAAAGCUGAAUUCAAUAAGUGUUCUUCAUUCAAAAUAUUUCUAAGUUUCUAACAUCAUAACCUUGUCGCAAACAUUCUUCAAAACAUUUGCCUGUUUCCUCAGGACAGUUUCAGACCGAAAAAAAUGCGUUCGAUGUCCAUAGAGCAAUGGUUUCGUUUAUUUUUAGUCAGUAAUUCGGUUAUUUUCGUCUUGGCAUAGCUAUGAAUAGCCUGCGUCACAGAAUUAAUCUAACCCCACCGAGAUCCUUGUCCUUGACACCUAACUGACUCAACGAAUCACCAGAAGUGCGUUUCCAAUUUUUAACAGGCCAAUCAUGGCUAGUACUCAAAUCCUGGUACACAGCUGGGGGCCCAGAACAAGGAUUUCGGCGCUGUUUCGCAGACGGACUUAGCUGGAGGUUUAGUUUUGUCUGUGGUGCAGAUACAUAAACAAUAAACCUACCACCACCGUGCUGCUGUCUUGCGUGACGUUAAUGAUGGUAUAUUGGCAAUAAAAAUUCAUUGAUCUCAGAAUGACUGACGUCAUCAAUAAUUCCUUAUUACUUGCGUCUUCCAAAUGACGUCGUGACAAAUGGGAUGUCUUGCCUCUGGAGACAUGUGACGUUCAAAUGGCUGCUAUCUUUCUAUGGUUUCCACUAUUUGAUCAAUGUCUUGCACAAAUCAUGUCACUUACGACGUAAUAUAUCGUAAAAGAAACUACUGAAUGCACGUUAUUGAUGGCUUUUCGAUUUUUAAGUAGAAGGCGUAAAAGUGAAAAACAAAACAGCAAUAUGGACUGCACGUGUAAUCCUUUUGCUACAUUACGCAGCCAUUAAUAGUGUUAUAGGGCAAAAACAAAUGAAUUAAAACCCGCUUGUCUCUGGGGUUUGAACCUAGGCUAACCGUGGGACCUUCGUUAAGCAACCUUUGUUAUUAGAUCAGAGUCAGGGAGUUCGUUUGAAGGACCUUUUCUGUAUUACAUAAUACUCCAUGUUAUCUUUCCACCUUUAACUUUUAUUUUUUGUGUGUUUUUAGGUUCUUUUUCGAUCUUGGAAUUUAUUUCCAAUGUGAGAAUUAUCGCAAAGUAAGAAAAUAUACUGAGCCUAAUAAGGGUUGUUCACCUUUGUAGAUAGCGACGUUUCAACUACCUACUGCUAGCCUUUUUUCAGGGAAAAAACUCGUGUUAUAACUCUUUUCCUAUUUGUAUCAUAUUGGUUGGAUAUGAUUGAUUUAUUGUGAUCGCCCAAUCGUCAAUACUUUAGAAUAACGCGUUUUAGUAUAUGCUAAAACAGUGGGGAAAGUGUUUUUCGCGAGCUUUGAUUGGCUACCCAAACUCCGGAUAUCCAGUGCUAUUAGGGAGUUUAAGAUACCACGACAGCGACGGCCACAAAAGCGUCAUAUAAAAAGUGAAUUUGCGUUUUUUCAAUCUCUAUCGCGAUUACUCUAGCCUGUGAACAGGCUCUCUGUUUGGGGAAAAAAAUAGUUCCCCGCUCGCCCAAAGGCCUGUUCACAGGCUGCGAUUACUCCAACUCAUUUACUUUGUCAAAUGCAAGCGAGUUCUUUUUGAGCCGAAUUCCUACGAACCAUAUUCAAGUUCAGAAAGAGAGAGAAAAUUUUGCCGUCGCUUGUUUACUUCCUCCAUAAAAAGUGAAAUUAGGCAUUUUCCGUCGUGGUUGUGCAGUGGCUGCAAAGAAAUGUACAAAAAAGCGUGAUGCACUUGCAGAGUUGUUGUUUUUACUAUUCAGCCUAUUGCUAUUUUGACGUUCUCGUCGUCGUCGCCGUCGUGGCAUCUUAAAGUCCCUUUUCGGUGAUUCAGCUCCAGCUCCUCCGAGCGAGCGACGCCAAACUCGCGAAGUUACGAGCAAAAUGGCUUCCAGGUUUGCUGCCGUAACAAAUAAAAGAAAUUUCACUAAAUAAUCAAAUUAAAACAAGCUGUUCCUGAAAUUCACGAAGAAGGUGACGAAAUUCGGUUUGGAAGUUUUAACGGGUAAAGCUUUGUCUUUUUGACUUGAAUUUAUCGAUGAAACCGGUGAAAACGUUUUUUGUUUACAAAUGCAAAUUAAGUCUUGCGUUACUUUAUUUAGCUGCCAUGUUCAUGAAUAAGCUUUAAACUAAAUUUAGUGCAUAAUUAUCUCACUGCUUUAGUAUAUACCUAAAACAAUUAUUCACCUCAGUGCCGGUGGCUAGUUAACAAUUAUUCCUUGAGCCCGAAUGGGCUCUAGGUCAACAGCCCAUGAGACCGAAGGCCGAAUGGGCUAUUGACUCAGAGGCGAUGAGGGCGAGAGGAAUAUUUGUUUAGUAAAAUCCAACUAAUUGGUAAAAAUAUCGAGACUAAAAAACUUUUAGCUAGUUAAAGCUAGACUUUUUUUUUGCCGCCAAAAAGCUCGCGCUUGUCGCUACUAGUGGGCUAUAACAUAUAGCCUAGUAGUAGCUCAACCAAUCAGAACGCAGCAUUGAUAAUAGACCACUAGUUGGAUUUUACCAAAGAACAAUUAGUCACAGAAAUAGAGGUGGCUAGUGAUGGAUCGGCGAGGUGAAUAUCCACCAUUAGUAAAAUCCAACUAGUGGUCUAUUAUCAAUGCUGCGUUCUGAUUGGUUGAGCUACUACUAGGCUAUAUGUUUAUACAGCACACUAGUAGCGAAAAGCGCAAGCUUUUUGGCGGCAAAAAAAGAUUUAAAUCUAGCUUUAACUACUUAAAAGUUUUUUGGUCUCGAUAUUUUUUACCAAUUAGUUGUAUUUUACUAAAACAAUUAUUCCUCUCGCCCUCAAGGCCCUCUGAGUCAGAUUUAGCCCAUUCGGCCUUCGGCCUCAUGGGCUAUUGACUCAAAGCCCAUUCGGGCUCGAGGAAUAAUUGUUAAUUAUUUUAUAUAUAUAUAUAUGACUGAAUCCUCAAGCGGGCAAGAUGAAGCGAAUCAUAUGUUCUGAUUGGCUUCCUGAACGGGUAAGAUGGACCCAUAUUACUGCGCUUGCGAGAUUACCACGAAGAAGUUGUCAUGUCAAGAGCGAGAGAGUCAACAACUUCUUCAUUUCGAGAACAAAAUACAUGUUGUGACAAAGUUUAAAAUGUUCAUAACGUUUCACAAAAAUAUUGUGAGGGGCUCGACGUCUUAUGUCUAACUGUUCCCACUAACAUUAGUAAUCUUUUCAUUAAAGCAAACGAAAAGCAUAAUCACGAGACCAGGUUCUCCUCCUCCUGCAAUUUUUAUAUUAACCGAUCGAGACUGAAUUAAAAGCAUGGUUCUUUUGCUAGGUUCGGAGCUAAGUUUUGGAACUCCGUUUGCGAUGAACUUCGUCACCUCCCCAAGAGAGCUUUUAAAAAACAUAUCAGUGACGUGUUAUUUUCGUUAUGAGAGGCCGAGGACGAUUAUGUUGAAUCGCCCAUUCUGCUUCAAAAAAUAGCUAACUAUCGAGCAAAUACAGAGUUUAAUUUUUAAAGUAUACAUAACUUAUUUAGUGUCGCAAUCAAUUUUACGAGUUUCAAAUAGUUGAUUUUGUAAAUGUUAUUAAUUUAUGUUUAAGCUUUAUUUCACUUAUUUAUAUAUAUCUAGUUAUUGCUUUAUUUAUUUAUUCAUCUAUCUAUUUGUAAUUUAUUACUGACUGCUGUACCUAUUAUCUCCGCCCGCCUCGACUAGCACCUGCUAUUUGCAGGCGGAAAUGGACUUUAUGUAAAUGUAGAUUUUUAAUAAUAAUAAAGUGUACAUUGAACCUCCAACAAAUAAUUUGAUCAUGUUGUGGCUGUUUGACCGCAACUUCGUGCAAUAGACCUUGUCACGGUUUUCGACGCCAUCUUGACGAGGAGGCAAACGCGUAAGAAAUUACAGUGUUUGUACGAGAAUUUAAUGUCGAAUAAUUUCCGUAGAACGGCUGUUCUGAAAAAAAUAUGAAUUGUAAACUAAAGCCUCACGCCUAAGGAUUCUGCUGAA